UUAGAUCCCUAUGUGAAGAUCCAUCUGAUGCAGAAUGGUAAGAGGCUGAAGAAGAAAAAGACUACGAUUAAAAAGAACACUCUGAAUCCCUACUACAACGAGUCUUUCAGCUUUGAAGUACCAUUCGAGCAAAUUCAGAAAGUGCAAAUUGUUGUGACUGUUUUGGACUAUGACAAGAUUGGCAAGAAUGAUGCCAUCGGGAAAGUCUUUGUGGGCUACAACAGCACCGGCGCGGAACUGCGGCAUUGGUCAGACAUGUUGGCCAACCCCCGGCGGCCCAUCGCGCAGUGGCACACUUUACAGCCUGAGGAGGAGGUGGAUGCCAUGCUGGCAGUCAAGAAGUAAAUUAAAUUAAGUUAUGAAGAAGAAAAAGAAGAAGAAGAAGAAGAAGCCUUUCUGCAUUGCCCACAUAGUGCUCUUUAGCCAGUAUCUGUAAAUACCUCAGUAAUAUGGGUCCUUUCAUUUCCAGCCAUGUGUUCCCGACACAGAUCAGUUGUACUUUUAAAUUCCCAUUUUUAAUUUGCACAAAUUUAAAUGUAGAGAGCCCUCUAAAGGCACUUCAUUUCACCACUGCCCCUCCAGAUCUACUCUUCUUUUAAGCAAUAUGAUGUGUAGAUAGAGCAUGACAGAAAUUAUUUAUUGUAUCACACAGUUGUAUAUAUACACCAGUAUGCUGAGAAUUUAUUUCUAGUUUGUGUAUUUGUAUGUUGUAAGCGUUUCCUAAUCUGUGUAUAUCUAGAUGUUUUUAAUAAGAUGUUCUAUUUUAAAUUAUGUAAAUUGACUGAGAUAUAGGAGAGCUGAUAAUAUAUUAUAGGGUAACUAUUGUAUCGUCUGCAUUCCAGAAAAAAAAAAAAUUCCAACUUGUAAGGCACUAGUAGUGUUACACUGACAUCUUAAAGGACAACUUAAAUCUGAGCUUUCAACUGGACCAUCCUAAUAACACGCUACGCGUCCACAGUGAAUCUUGGAAAGGCAAAUCCAAUUGGGUAGACUUCUUUCACAGGCAACUUAGCAUGAUCUGAGCAGCUCCGUGGCUGACCUCAAGGAGAUGUAGCCAGAAGCCAGGAUAUAAUUCUUUUGUAUAUAUUCCAAAGCAAACACGUAACAGACUGAAAUGGCUUUAGAUUGAAAGUUGAGGAAUCAGUUCCAUAGGAGGCAACAAUUUCAUCUUAACACACAAAGUAAGACCAUUGCAGAGGUUGUGCAGGGAGGGGGGGAAGGGAGGGGCGAGACGCAGCAGUAGCAAAAUGCUGCCAUGAAAACAAGAGUAGCUCUCCGUUGUUAUCACCUUUAUACAAAAUUUGCAUACUGUGAAUUCCAUCCACGAUUUCACAUUAUAAUGAGUUUGCACAUUAGACUUUGUAACAAAAUAUUUUAUUAUACUAACUCAGAUUAGAAGGAAUGCAGAAUAUUUUUUAGACACAGUCGUGUGAGUUUAUUAUACAAAAUAGUUUCAUGGUAAACAGACAGUAUUGUAAUCCCAUCAGAAGAUGACAAAAUUUAGCCAUAGUUCUAAAUGCACUUCAAAGUAAGCCAAAAGAGAACAGCUAGUGACCUUUUAUAUACUAUUUAUACUUAAGUUUUAAUUUGUCCUUU